AUGCCUGACUUCUACUUCAAGUGCAAGUACUGUGGCGCGGUACGCCGCCAGAAUGUUUCGCGUGGCUACGGCAAUCUCGUCAGCCACUUGAAAGACAAGCACCCCGGCUACGAGGCUGAUUAUCUCGCCCAGGCCAGCUCCAUGACCGGGAACCUACACUCCUACGGCUUCGUGAGCGACAAAGUCGCGAACGUGUACCACUGGCUGGAGUGGGUGGUUGACCGCAACAUGCCGCUGUCUGAGGUGGACCACCCGCUCACGCGUUCGAUGUCGCGUCUCAAGCCCAUCUCCUCCAAGACGCUGAGAAAGUACCUCGCUGCCACGACCAAGGCUGUCGAGAAGGCCAUCGCUUCGGUGAUGCCGCCCGACUUUGGCGUCAUGUUCCACGGGUGGACGUGCUUUGGAGAGCAUUACGUCGCUGUUAUCGCCGUCUUUUGGCUUAACGGCGAGGUGCACUACGUGGUGUUGGCUGUAGCCCCUCUCGACGAGGCCGACCAAACGGCAGAGUCAUACUGUGCUUUCACUCGGAACAUUUUGGGUAGUUUUGGCCUAUCAGUGGAGGCGCUGAAGUUUCUGUGUGGCGACAACUGCGCCACCAAUCAGCGAACGGCUACGCUUCUCGGCGUUCCAUUGCGAGCUGAUGGCGGCGCUGCGCACCCCAAGAACCGCGCCGAGCUUAGACGACACACGGGUCUGGCGCCGCUGAGGGCGAACGCAACGCGGUGGAGCUCGACGUUCACGAUGCUGGAACGGUACGUGCUCAUCCGCGAUGAGAUCAAGCGCGUGGACGCCAUGUACGACCUGGUGCCAAAGUCAGCUGCGCAUCGCCGGAUUGUCGCGCUGACGGAGACACUCAAGACGUUCAAUAGCGUAUGCAAGAAGCUCCAGGAAGACACCCUCAGCAUGAGCGCCGUGCGCGUCCUCUUCGACAAGAUGGCGGAGAUGUUCCCCAUUACAAGUUCGUACCUGUCACCGGAUGCCAGCAUCAUUCACUCUCCGGUGUUUGAGAGAGCUGUCGUAAAGAUUGCUGGGAAGUGCGAAGCCGAGCUGACGCCAGAAGAACUGGACGCGGUGGCUCCGUUUGAGCUCAGCUCUGCGGCGAACGUACCCGCCGCCAGCACGCAGCAGCGCGCGCGCACGCGGACCCAAGCACGCAGCGGUCCCGAAGACUUCGCAACCGCGCUGCUGCGCUCCGACGAUGUCCCUGCGGAAGCUGGGCCACGCUACAGCCCUCUCGUCAGGGCAAUUCCACCGACCAGUAACCGCUGCGAGAGACUCUUCUCGCAGUGCAAACUUGUGAUGACGCCGCAGCGCUCGUCUCUCCUCCCUAUCAACUUUGAGAUGAUCGAGUUUUUGCGUGCAAACCGUAAGUACUGGGAUGCCCACACUCUAAUGGGCAUUGAAGUUGCUGAUGCUGAUGAUUAG